CGGCUUUAGUAAAAAACGAAAAAACGAAAAGGCAGCUAAACUUUCUGCUAUUUGUGCUCUGGAUUUAUCCACUAUCACGACUCAAACAGUCUCCCCAGCUUACAGUAAGCAGUAACAACAUGACAACCUGACAGGACCCUGAACCUGACAGGACCCUGAACCUGACAGGACCCUGAACCUGACCUCCCUCAGGACCUCUGGGAUCAACUUACCAACCUCAGUUACCUCCACCACCCAGGCUCUUAGUUUGAAAAUAUUUACAGUCUAUGGGUUUGACCCUGCAGCCAGCAUGCAAACUUCUUCUAUAAAACGGCAGAAUACUUUCCAUAUACUUUAUGUCUGAUGUUGUGUGGCUGAAAAAGGGAUGCAACUUUACACAAGAUGGACUUGAUUUUGGCAGGGGUCCUUUAACUACAGCAGGGUAAACAAGAAACUUGCUAGUAUUAGUUAAAUACAAUUUGCAAUGCACCAUGUAAUGCACUUAAAUGCUGUCAUAUUGAUAUUUAUUUACAUGACAAAAAAACACAAAUGUCAGUAAUGCACCAUCCCAGAACACAGACCUGAUGAUGAAUCAAUAAUCUGAGUUACCCCACAGACUUCAUGCCUACCAUGUGCUUAACUACUGUCCAGUGUGUCCAAAGACGUGCAGUGAUUAAUUGCCAACAUCAUUACAAUCAUAUAGACUAUUAUAUCAAUAGCCUGCAGUGCAGGGCUGCUGAAGGCUGUGAGGAGAAAGCCAUCCUGUCUGUUUGUCCCUUAUUUGUCACUCAUGUUCAGUUGAAUAACACUGACACAGUUUGACACUCAUCAGUGUGUGGUACUCAAUAACCUGGGUCACACUGAUCAGGACACUGUGUUCUUGCAGCCCUAGUAUUUUAUUCAUUUCCAUUCACUUACCAGAAUCAUUUUUUAGUGAACCCUAAAGAUGUUCACUCUAAAAAUACCUACAUCAAUAUAAUGUCCUCCCACAGGGAACAGCAUUAAGUUACCUCAUAUAUAAAUAAGCACCGGCCUACCAAAGCUUCUCCUAUACCUGACCUACUGUAAGUUGUACUGUUUGUUUCAGUGUUUGGUCGAUUGUGCAUUUAAACUACAUCUGAACUGAACUAAGUAGAGAGAAGACAGCUUUGACCAGGUGUCAUUAAGUGCAGGUGUGUUUCUUAGUUUCAUGUCUUCACUGUCAUUUUCUCCAACAGUCGUUUCAGCGCCAGAGGAGAAAGAGAGUCAUGCUCCGCUGCAGGAGGUGUCGGAAGGGCAUUAUUGACUCGACAUGUCUGUUAAUGCAGGUUGAGGACACUGAUGAAAGCUCAGCAGCUGUUUGCAGUAUCUGGCAUGUGAAUGUUGACACGCUGCCAGAGUGGAUCCUGACCUCAGUGAACCAGGCCCAGUGGACUGUAGGAAAACUGAACUGCUGGAACUGUUCAGCUCGUCUGGGCGGCUUCAACUUCAUCAACCACAUCGAGUGUCCCUGCGGCCUGGACGCCACCGUCCACCUCAACAAAAGCCGAGUGGACCGUGACAAUAAAAACUGUGUUCUUAUAGUCCAGCCGAGGAGGACGAGGCCUGAGAGGGGACACGCUGGUCUGCUGUCUGAUGGCUCUCCUAACAGAGAGCAGAGGCCUGAGUCCAGCAGGACAGCACUGGACAGUUUACAGCUGAACUGUGCUGCCGUCGUUUCCCACGGCAACCCUACGGAGGCCUCUCACUCACUGUCAGGCAGUGGAAAUGCCCAGUCGUUUUCUUUCAGUCCUCUAAACUGCAUCUCUCACAGGCGACGGUGCAGUGUGGAGGAGGAUGCCGCCAUCAGGUCGUCAUGUUUUUGCCCUGCUGGCCCUUUACACAAGUCAGCUGUGGAGAUGACAAGUGGAAGGACGGACGAGGCUACAUGGUCACCUGUGUCGUAUCCCAUGAGUCAGCAGUUUGACGGUGAUGGAGAAGCCUCUGUCAGUGCUGUUGCCUGCCAUUGGUUCGUCUCUGAAAGGACACAGUCACCUCUGGAUCAACAGCUGCUGCAGGCUGUGGAGGACGUGGAGUCUUCUCCAGAGACCACACGCGAGGAUGACUCAGCUCUGUUCCUCAGAGGGAGAUCCAUCUCUGACAGUGUGGCAGAGCACGGCCACCAAGUGAUGUCCCAGGCUUUUCCGAGCUCUCUGGGGUCGAACAGACUGAGCAAGAGGGAGAAGAAUCGACUGAAAAGUCUGCGGAGGAAACAGAGGAGGAGAGAGCGAUGGCUGAACAUUCAACUGGAGCAGGAGCAGGUGGAGAGUGUGAGCACUUCACUGUUGGACAGUGAGGAGGAGGACAGAGAGGGCCUCACCUGUGCAGUGUGUCUGGAUGUCUACUUCAGUCCGUACAGCUGUCAGCCCUGCGGUCACAUCUUCUGUGAGCCGUGUCUGCGCACCAUCGCCAAGAACCGACCGGCAAACACACCCUGCCCUCUCUGUCGCACACUCAUCUCACACACUAACUUCCAUAAAGAGCUCAACCAAACAGCAAAGACCUUCUUCCCAAAAGUGUACUACCCCCGCAAGCAGAACUUCCAGGUCGCUCCGUGUGCAAAGUGGCCGCUGCCCUGCUGUCGCAAACGCUUCCGGUCCUUCUGGGGAGAGCGCAGGCAUGCAGGGGCGGCGGGGAGACGCUGGCACUUUGUCCAUGGAGGUUUCACUCUGGGUGCUUUCGACCUCACAGAUAUGCGUGGCUGGCUCUUCGACAUCGGCCUGGUCAUCGUCUACAUCCACUCCGUCAACUGGAUCCUGGUUUCUCUUCUCUUUGCUUUCCUCAUGUACUACUUCUUCUUUUGAGACUGUGACAAGCAGAGUAGAGUUUGAAGUGCAGGUUUUUCCUUUAACAGAGUAAAGCUAGAGUUAUUACUAACCAUAUGAGUGGUUGUGGUUUCACUAGUUGGAUCUCUAGUUAUAGGGACAAAUUGCAAAUUGCCAAAAUGUUUGAAAGAGUUAUUAUGAGUGAUUGUGUCAAGCUUAUUUUUUGAAAAAUUAGAAAAUAAUGAUACAGGCCUGUUUGUUGUCUGUGUGAGGACUGUCCAUCCUGGACUAGUGUCAAAGUAUAACAGUGCAGUAUGGUGACCUCUGUGGACGAGACCCACUCACUCUGACGAUAUAGACGACUCAUUCUAAGUGAUCAGACACAAAGAUUGUUAUUGUCAGGUUAUAAAACACUAUGAAAACCUGGAAUAUAUACAUUUCACAUGCAGGAUGUUUUCAUAGUGUUUUAUACACUUACAAAGAAAGUAUUCACAUUUUUUUUUAAACUCUACCAAUAUGGUAUAAAUGCAAUAAUGCACCCAGAGGUGUUCUGAUAUACAGAAUUAAUGGACAAUACUGAAAAUAUGACACUGCCUGAAACAGAGCUGCCUUUCUUCCUUUAAGUCCCUGACACACCAAGCAGACGGCAAAGAACUAGUGGCGACGAAGGCCGCCUGUGGUGUCCCCUCACGCUUUGUCUUGGCCAAAAAAGUUGCACUGGAACACACCGCAAAGACUACAGCCGACAGCCAACCCCCACGUACAUUCUGCGCAUGCAUGAGAGGAAGUAACUCUUCGUACCAGCAGGCGGCGGUAGGCCGUUGUUAUGAUACAAGAAGACCAUUUACACCCCGCUGUCGCUCACCACUCGUAUUAUAGGUAGCCUACUAAUCGAGAAUAAUGUCUGAUAAAAAGUUGAAAAUGGUGCUGGCGUUGUCAGCCCUUGUUCUUUUAGUGGAAAAGGGAAGAAAAAAAAAGGCGGAGGCGACAAAUAAGGAGAAACCGCACUAAUGGGUGAAAUCAUGGAUACAGUAACAUGCUGUGUCGAGAGAUGGAGAUAAAUGAAACCUCCCAAUCAGAGAGAUCCCUACUGCCGAUUCAAUAUGUCGAAUCGGCCGGAAAAAAGCACUAUUGCGACGACUGCUCUCCGACGGCCGACGAUCUCCUUGGUGUGUCAGGGCCUUUACUUGUCUUACUUUGGCCAUUUUGAAAAGUUGUCCAAGUGGCUGGUAGCUGUUUGGCUACAGUACAGCCGAUCAAUAGUGGUAAUGUUCUUUUGACAGAAGAACAAACAGAAGGCCCAUAAUGAGUAUGUAGUUUGUAAGUGCUGCUGCCAGGAAAUUAAACUAGCCUAGCUUAGCACAGAGACCAGAAGCAUAGGGAAGCAGCUAGCCUGGCCUCAGUCCAAAGUUUAAUCAAUCAGCCGACGACUGCCAGCAACCCUGAGACUCAUUCAUAAAUGUCCUGGAUCGCAGAAUAAACGUGUACACUUACAGAAAUGUGAAACCAGUAUUUACAGAGAAGGUUACAUUAUCUCAGAACAGCAGUGUGUAUUGGCAAUAAUCAGCCGGCUGCAGUAAACCUGGGCUACAACUUCCUGAACUGUGAUGUCAACAUGAGGUUGCCAGGUUUGGUAUAAAUCAAGUUUAAAACCAAAGUCUGUACUCAACUGAUCGUGUGUUGCAACCUCUGCUGCAGGAGGCGCUGCACACUGGAUGCAAUGGACACAAUGGGAAAAUGAAUAACCAGUUUUUUGCACACAAAAAAGAUGAUGGUUUCAUGUAUCUGAUCCUAAAACAGAACGUUUGUAUGUGCUCCAUACUUUGUCAGGAUGGAAUAAGAAAGACAUGAUCCUACAGCUUUGUGCUUGAUGGACACUGGAUCUUUAAAGAUGAACCUCAUUUAGCACUCUUCAUGAAAGUAAACACGUUAGUCUAAACAAAUGCUGUGGUAUUUCUUAAAUGUAGAACAGGAGGCAAAUUUGUUCUAGAGAAAAAAAUGGAGAAUGGACAGAAAACACAUACAGGACUUAAAAAAAGGUUUUUAAUUGAGUGUAAUUUCAGGAGGUUUAGUCUUCAGCGUGAUUUCUUUAGUGAUGCUCGGUGAAAUAAUGAUUUUAGUGAAACACUUUAAAGGAGAAGCACUGUGGAGUUAACAUUUCCUGCUUACGUUUUGGUUUAUUUCCAAAACAGGACUGUUCAGGACUAGACUGCUAACUGUCUUUUUUUAAACUACAACUGACAGAAAAUAGGGAUGCAUUAUCCAAGUCAGUGUGGUGCCUUUGCUUUGUCUGUGCCUUCUGUCCAGAAGCUGAACUAAACUGGAAUCUAGCAGAUUUGGCUCUCAGGCAAAGAAUACAUGGAUGGAACCAGAAAAAGCUGUAAGGAUAAUCAAAAAAUCUUCAGUCAACACUUGUUAGAUCUUUUAUUUGGUGGAAAAGACGAAUAAAUGUUUGAUUAAAGUGAAAAAAAUAAAA